AUGGACACCCCGCCCCGAAGGAUCAACCCAGCUCAAAAACUUCCAGAAAAAGGUACACCUUACUCACGAAAGCCAGCUUUUGAUAAAAUGUUGCAUGAUAGGGCGAGACCCUCGUACUCCCCAUAUAGGCCCCGGGGGAGGGGCUCGUUCCCUUACUCUGACCGCUUCACCCCUCUCACUAAGACUCCUAGUGAAAUACUGGCUACGGAGAGGGUGAAGAAUUCAUUUCCAAGACCACUGCCCAUAAAGCCAGGACCAAAGGCACAACCGAACGAAUACUGUGACUUCCACAGGGGAUUCAGUCAUAAAACUGAUGAUUGUAUGUAUCUAAAGAGGGAAAUAGAGGCCGCUGUAAAAACGGGUAAACUAGCUCAUUUGGUUAAGGAGAUUAAGGAAGGAGGAGGGGACCGCAAAGGGAAAGAUGUGAGGGAGCCUGGGAGGGCAGAUGUAGACAUGAUUAGGAAAAGGGAUGAAUUUGAUACUACCAGGAGUGUAAAAGCAAGAGUCCUAGGCUCCCUAGACCGCAUGAAAGCUCCCAUCUUAAUGCCACACCUGGAGGAGAACGAAGUACAGCGGCUCCCCCUCAACAUUUCAGCCAUAAUAGAUGGGCACAAGGUAGCCAGAAUACAUGUGGACGGGGGAAGCGGAGUACAGGUGAUAUAUGAACACUAUUUCCUAAGGUUUGACAGGGAUGUGAGGGAUCGGCUCGAGGAAGAUUCUAUCCCCCUAGUGGGUUUCAACAACAGUGUGUCACACCCCUUGGGAAAGAUCAGACUCCCAUUUAAAGUCGGGGUAGGGGAUCGUGUCUGA